GCUCAACAGAGUCCCCAAGUCAUAGUUGGUUUCUAAGAUGCAAGCAGUCACGAACAGUCUGUCUCAGAUAACUCGCAUCGGCAUCCGAUGUACAAGCUUCCGAUCGCCGAUCAGCGCCGUUGCUUCACGGACAACCAUCGCACGGUCUAACCCGAGACUACUUAGCACUACCCGAAAUGUGCGAGCUCAAUAUGAGCGAUUUGGCUUCGAGAACGCUCGUCCGUCAGGAUCUGCUGGACCAUCAGGGAAUGGUGGGAAACGUCCCGGCGGUAACCAACACCCACUCAUCCUCGCGCUGAGGCGGCGGCUGGGGGAUCGGGGGAUCGUUCUCUAUGGUGUAGGACUCACGGGAUGCGGUAUCUACUACGUUGCACACCUGGAGAGAGUACCUGAGACUGGUCGGCUACGGUUCAUCGAUACCAGUCCUGAAACGGAAACAGCUAUGGGACUGGAAGCUCAGAAGGAGAUUCUUCAACAGUACCAGGGAGCCUUACUAUCGCCUUCGCAUCCCACAACAAAGCGGGUUCGGGAGAUCGCUCGACGCAUCGUGGAAAGCAACAUGCUCGGUCAUAUGAAGGAGAGUCACAGCAUGAAUCUGUCUAACAUCAAUCUCGGAUCCAUCUUCGGCGGGGAUCAGUCUGAAGAAGGCUUGUUUGGGUCAGGCUCCGGUGGACAAGAGAGAUUGAAUUCUGCUGGCAACAAGGACGUCGAGUGGGAUGUCUACGUAAUAAAAGACGCUCAGAAGAACGCUUUUGUGCUUCCUGGCGGAAAAAUCUUCUUUUUCGAGGGAAUCCUCCCUGUCUGCAAGAACGAUGACGGAGUAGCCAGCGUGAUGGGUCAUGAGAUUGCCCAUCAAGUGGCUCGUCAUUCGGCUGAAAGACAGAGCUCGAUGAAGGUGUUUUUUGUAAUGGCUUACGUUUUGGAAGCGCUCGGCGUCGAUUUUGGUCUUGCAAGGGGCUUGAUCACGUUCUUGAUGCAACUCCCCAACUCGCGGCAGUCGGAAAGCGAAGCAGAUCGCAUUGGUAUCCGCCUUAUGGCUAAGGGUUGCUACGAUCCGCGGGAGGCUCCCCGAAUGUGGGAGCGCAUGAGUCAAUCGGAAUCCUCUGGGGGUCUCAGAGGAGCGAUCAGUACCGACUUCAUGAGUACGCAUCCGGCCAAUAGUAAAAGGAUAAAACAGCUGAAUGAGUGGAUGCACGAGGCUCUCGACAUCCGAGCAGCAACGAGCUGCGGCGACACCCCGAGUCAAUUUGAGGCUUUCAGGGAGAAAGUCCCCCUGGGAUCGACCGAAAGAAUCUGGGCCUGACUGUCUCUGGCGCAACUUUCUAUACGGACCAAGUACAACUUGCAAAUAAUACAACCA